UGCUCUGCUCCCUGCUCUGCUCCCUGCUCUGCUCCCUGCUCUGCUCCCUGCUCUGCUCCCUGCUCUGCUCUCUACUCUGCUCUCUACUCUGCUCUCUACUCUGCUCUCUACUACUCUGGUCUGCUGCUGUGCUGGUUUGCUGCUGUGCUGCUCUGCUGCUGAAAGCUUGCUUUAAUCUUCAGCUUCUACACUUUUCUCUGUUUUCUUCUCUUUUACUCUCUUCACACUUACUAAUCCACUUUUAGUCUGCUUCCUCUUUGCUCUACACACCUAUUAAUCCACUUUCAGUCUACUUUUAUAGACUUUUUCCUCAGGUUUGCUGGAUUAGCUGUUUGCUGCUGCAGUUUGUUUGUGUAAGUUUCUAAUUUCAACUGAAACAAGGUGAGUGCUUUUUUCUCCAUGGCUUCUGCUCAGGUUUACACCUGUUUAGAGUGUGGCAUGUAUAGCUUAGAUCCCUUAUCCACCGAUACUGGUAACAAUAGUGGUAUUUGUACUAAGUGUGAGAUAGUUAGCUCCUUGGUGGAUAAGGUGAAUAAGUUAGAGCUGCACGUCCGGGGUUUAAUAAGGGAUAGACAGCAGGAUUCACUGUUAGCAGCCCCGGGUGUCUCAGGGAGAGUUAGUACCCCCUCGACUCCGGCCUUAGAGCCCUCACAGCGGGGCGAAUGGGUAACGUCUCGGCGGCAUAGUCGAAAGGCUAAGGCUAAUGCUACCGCAAAGGCCACAGCCAGCCCACCUGAACACCACGCUCCCCCAGUUCACGUGUCAAACAGGUUUGCCCCGCUCAGUGAAGCACCAACUGAGGAGCCUGUUAAAGGUACUCUGGUGAUAGGAGACUCUAUCGUCCGACACGUGAAAUUAGCUACUCCUUUAGGGGCACCAGCGGCAACAGUUACUUGUUUACCGGGAGCCAGAGCACCGGACAUUAGUGGCAACCUUAGGUUAGGGAAUAGGAGAUAUUCGAGGGUAGUAAUUCAUGUAGGGGCCAAUGAUAUUCGUCUGCGGCAGUCUGAAGUAACUAAGGCUAAUAUUAAAGAGGUGAUUAAACAGGCCCAGACGCUGUCCGAGGAGGUAAUCUGCUCUGGCCCCAUCCCAAUGAGGCGUGGUGAUGAAGCUUACAGCAGGCUUUCUUCGCUGAACCGCUGGAUGUCCAAGUGGUGUGCAGAAAAUCAUGUGGGCUUUAUAGAUAACUGGCUACACUUUGAGGGCAAGCCUGGUCUUUUAGGUAGGGAUGGUGUCCAAGGGUGCUGCCUUACUUUCAUGCAGCAUAGCUCAUAGUCUUUUAGUUAGUCGGCAGAGUAGUAUUAGAAGCUGCUGACAAUCCAGAGCCGGGACCAGGCCGCAGACAGAGAGGCUUAACCGACCGUCUGCGAGCUGCAAAGAGACGUUACCUAGAUACCAAUGUAUUCAGACUGU